AAAAGCAGCAAGAGCUUCUACUUUGGCCACAAGUAUCUGCUUGGGACACAUUUCAGCCCUCUCUCCCCUCUCCCCAAGGAGCUCUGGGACCUUUGGGAGUCCUGUCACAUUCGGUCAAGGGCCUGCGAGGACCACACGUCUCUCAGAAUCUCCACAAGGUGCUGAACAUGACAAGGGACGAAGCUCUGCCAGACUCACAUUCUGCACAGGGAUUCUAUGAGAACUACGAGCCCAAGGAGAUCCUGGGCAGGGGAGUUAGCAGCGUCGUUAGGCGUUGCAUCCACAAGCCCACGUGCCAGGAGUAUGCUGUGAAGAUUAUCGACAUCACCGGUGGGGGCAACUUCAGCCCCCAGGAGGUGCGGGAGCUUCGAGAGGCCACGCUGAAGGAGGUGGAUAUCCUGCACAAGGUCUCAGGACACCCAAACAUCAUACAGCUGAAGGACACUUACGAGACCAACACUUUCUUCUUCUUGGUGUUUGAUCUGAUGAGGAGAGGGGAGCUCUUUGACUACCUCACGGAGAAGGUCACCCUGAGUGAGAAGGAAACCAGGAAGAUCAUGAGAGCCCUGCUGGAGGUGAUCUGCACCUUGCACAAACUCAACAUUGUACAUCGGGAUCUUAAGCCUGAGAACAUACUCUUGGAUGAUAACAUGAACAUCAAGCUCACGGACUUUGGCUUUUCCUGCCAGCUGCAACCAGGAGAGAAGCUGCGAGAGGUCUGUGGGACCCCCAGUUACCUGGCCCCUGAGAUCAUUGAGUGCUCCAUGAAUGAGGACCAUCCGGGCUAUGGAAAAGAGGUGGACAUGUGGAGCACAGGGGUCAUCAUGUACACCCUGCUGGCCGGCUCCCCACCUUUCUGGCACCGGAAGCAGAUGCUGAUGCUCAGAAUGAUCAUGAGUGGCAACUAUCAGUUUGGCUCACCCGAAUGGGAUGAUUAUUCGGACACAGUGAAGGACUUGGUUUCCCGCUUUUUGGUGGUAAGCCCCCAGCGCCGCUAUACAGCAGAGGAGGCCUUGGCCCACCCCUUCUUCCAGCAGUAUGUGGUGGAAGAAGUACGGCACUUCAGUCCCCGGGGGAAAUUCAAGGUCAUCGCUCUAACAGUGCUGGCUUCAGUGCGGAUCUACUACCAGUACCGCCGGGUGAAGCCUGUGACCCGGGAGAUUGUCAUCCGGGACCCCUAUGCCUUGCGGCCUCUGCGCCGACUCAUCGAUGCCUGUGCUUUCCGAAUCUACGGCCACUGGGUGAAGAAGGGGCAGGCGCAGGACCGGGCUGCCCUCUUUGAGAACACACCCAAGGCUGUGCUCCUUUCCCUGGCUGAGGACGACUACUGAGGGGUUGGCAGGUGGAGGGCAGGUGGGGUGGGGGCAGGCAGGCAGAGGAAACCACGAAAUAGAAGUCAA